CUCCCACCACCACACUCACUAUCGACGCCGCUUUCACCACGUAAAGAAACUGAUUUUCCAGUCAGAAAACAACAAUGGAGGGAAAGGAAGAGGAUGUUAGAUUAGGAGCUAACAAGUUCCGUGAAAGACAGCCCAUCGGAACGGCGGCGCAGGUGCCAGAUAAGGAUUACCAAGAACCACCACCGGCACCGUUUUUUGAGCCAUCGGAGCUCUCUUCCUGGUCUUUUUACAGAGCUGGAAUCGCCGAAUUCAUCGCUACCUUUCUGUUUCUAUACGUCACUGUUUUAACAGUCAUGGGAGUCUCCAAGUCGCCGACCAAAUGCUCCACCGUCGGUAUCCAAGGCAUCGCCUGGGCCUUCGGCGGCAUGAUCUUCGCACUCGUUUAUUGCACCGCCGGAAUCUCAGGUGGACAUAUUAAUCCGGCGGUCACAUUUGGGUUGUUUCUUGCCAGAAAGUUGUCGUUGACAAGGACGUUGUACUACAUGGUGAUGCAGUGCCUCGGUGCAAUCUGUGGUGCCGGUGUGGUUAGAGGGUUCGAAGGAGGCAACCAGUAUAAGUUAAACGGAGGUGGCGCCAACGUGAUUGCUCACGGUUACACCAAAGGUGACGGCCUCGGUGCUGAAAUAAUAGGCACAUUUGUUCUCGUUUACACUGUUUUUUCAGCCACCGACGCCAAACGCAGCGCCCGUGACUCUCAUGUUCCGAUAUUGGCGCCGUUGCCAAUUGGAUUUGCUGUGUUUCUGGUUCACUUGGCCACUAUUCCUAUCACCGGAACCGGAAUUAACCCAGCAAGGAGUUUGGGAGCUGCCAUCAUUUACAACAAGGAACACGCAUGGAAUGAUCACUGGGUGUUCUGGGUAGGACCAUUCAUUGGGGCAGCAUUAGCAGCUUUGUAUCAUCAAGUCGUGAUCAGAGCCAUCCCAUUCAAGAACAAGUGAUGGAAUUGAAUGUAUGAAUGUAUGUAGGUGGAUUCUGUAAUGAUUUCAUAAGAAUCCAUUUGAAGUGGAGGGCCCUCAUCCAAGUAUUUUGUGGGCUUUUCUUGUACUUGCAAAGUUGCAAUCAACUUCCCAUUUUCAAGCAUUC